CUUCGUGGUCUACAGCGCUUGGAAGAAGCCAAGUCAUUGUUACUAAAAACGAUGCCCGUGGCGCGACGCGUCCUCGGAAAGAAUGAUAGACUCACGCUCAAGAUGAGGGCGUGUUACGGGCAGUCGCUCUACAUGGACGCUGACGCCACGCUCGACGAUCUCCGCGAGGCCUUGACGAUUUUCGAGGAAAUUGAACGGAUCGCGCGGCGCGUGCUUGGUGGCGCGCACCCGCUCCUAGUAUCAAUAGAGCGCGACCUGAAAAGGUCGCGAGCGGCGCUCCGCGCCCGCGAGACGCCGUAG